AUGUCGAGGGGUUUGUACGCCAGGACCAUAACUGAACUGAAGACGGAUAACGACAAACCGGUCUAUCAGUCACUGGAGCUGCAGCAGCGAUACCACAGGAAUACACGGAGACUCUCCGACAGAGGCGAGACAAGGAGGCUGUCUCUUGAGGAUGGAGUUAGGAGGCUGAGACUGACCCUGCAGAACCAGAGCGAGACAGAGAGGAGCGGAGAGCAGACCAAGACAAAGCCAAUCAGGAGAGCCUUUGCCGUGGUGCCCUCCAAUGGGAUUUCUUCCUCUCAACCCACAGAGGAGGGGGUAGAGAUCAUCAAGGUGUACGUGGAGGCUCGCAGGAAGGAUCAGGCGGCGCACGAGAACAAUAUGAGAAUGCUGUCCGACGAGGUCACGCAGAUCCAGGAGGUGAGGUACUGUUUGAAGAAUCUCCGGCAGCAGAUGGCUGCAAGAACGAACGGGAGGGGAGAUGAGCUGAAGACCCUGACAGGCACGAACGGGCUGAGACCUCCCCCUACCCAGAGCCACGCGGUCGCCCACGGUAACCAGGGAGCCCCCCGCACUCAGGACCACUCUAACGGGCAGGCCGAGGGGAGCUCAGAGCCUGAGCAGGAGAGGAUGAGGGAGCUGACAAAGAAACUGUACAGCCAGUUCCACAGCAAGCUGCAGGAAACCGAGAGGAGACACAGUGAGGAGAAGAGACAGCUGGAGAGCAGGAGCAGUGCGUUUCAGAGGGAGCUGUCCCUGCAAGGCGAGGCGCUGCGCAGGGCGGAGGAGGGGCUGGGGGAGCGGGACGGCCGCAUCGAGGACCUCCAGAGGCUGCUGUCCGGGAUGGAGCGGGAGCACAGCGAGCUGCGGGAGAGGAUGAGCAAGAACGAGGGGCAGCUGCAGGAGAUCAGCCUCCUGAAACAGAGAGGAGAGGAGCACCAGAGCAGGUCUGUCCAGCUGGAGAAAGAAGUGUCCACUCUGAAGGAGAAGAUCCAUCACCUGGAUGACAUGCUGAAGAGCCAGCAGAGGAAAGUGCGGCACAUGAUCGAGCAGCUCCAGAACUCAAAGACUCUGAUCCGUGAUAAAGACGCCCUCAUCCACAAACUGCAGGAGAAAGUCUCCAUCCUGGAGGCAGAGAACCGGGAGAUGCAGCACAGACUGGAUUUCUUCACUGGGGCUCAGGACUCCUCCCCCUGCAGCACAGAGACCCUGCACAGCAAAAGACCCCCUUUAACUGCACCCAACAAGUCUGUCAUCAAAGUCCUUGGAAUGGCAUCCUGAAUUUCUGGGAAAACAGAAACAACUGCGGGGAUGGAAAGAAGACUCCUGUUGCAUAGCCGUCUCACCCACUCCAGGUUUUAUUAUGAGCUUGGUGAGCCCCAGCUUAUAAGUAACAAGCUCAGGGGUGUGUGUGUGUUUCAUUGAACGCAUAGUAAAACCAGGAAUGGAUCAAUCUGCUUUGCAAUGGGAGUCGUGUUUCUGUCCCUCUGCUGCUGGCACGUUUGAAACGAGAGGAUCGGGAAAUGGAAGAGAAUGGGGAAUAUUCUCUGGGGGAGGGGGGAGGAGGGAGGGAGGGGGGGGGGGUGAUUCUCAGUUCCUAUCCUGGACAUUUUUCUAUGCAACAGACGGCACUUCUCUCCUGCGGAAUACGACAAAAUGCAAGAGACUGGAUGAAUACUUGAAUGGAACACCAGUGUUUGCAAUAUAAAUACCAGGACAGUUCCCUUCUCAGUGCAUGCAGCACUGAUAUGCAAAGCUGUCUGCGGUGAUGCAGAAUGCCCUGCACCAGACAUUACCUUGUUUUGAUGCAAGAAACAGGUGUUAGGGAUGCAAUUCCUGUUCCAUUUUCAAUUCCUUUAUAAAACCAACUCCCAGUUCCCUUUCUCUGUUAAUCAGUUCCAGCACAUCGUUGAUCAAAAUUGCAACGAGCAGCGUUCUGUUAAAACCAGCUUCUCGCAACAGCGGCGACUUCAGUGGAAUGUGCGAGUCAAUUCAAUUUCAAACGAAAGCAGUUGAACAAGCACAGUGGUUCAUGGGUCUAACGUCAAUUCCAGUUCCUUCGCAGGUGUUGGGAUCAGGAAUUGGUUUUAAAAGGGAACAGGAAUUUAAAAACCCUGCUAAGUUAUUCAUGAAGCAUACAUAAUUUAACAAUCGUGUAACAUGGAUUCCUGGUAGUAAACUAAUUUGCCUGUAGGUUUUUCUUUGCACUUAAUCAAUCAGAAGGGUGCUGUUGAACCCUGGGGAAUGUUCCUGUGCUCGUAGCUCUCCGCAGUUUCACAAGAAUGUUAACAUAACUUUAUUAGGUCACACUGUUUGUUGUCUUUCAAUAGAAGUCUUUUUGAACUGUACUAUCAUAGCAGUAACUGCAAGUAUUAUUAUAUACCUGCCUAUUGCUGAUCUAGCUUAAUAUCUAAUUUAAGUCAGAUUUAUUUUUAACUGUUCAAGUUGUCUUGUUAAGAUGUUUGCAAUCAUUAGUGUUUUUUGUCAGUUCCUGAGAUAUUUCAUUUUUGUGGACGUGGUGCCUUUCCUGCCCCGAGGCUGGGAUUUCAAAACUUCUUGAUCAAUGUGAUCCAGAUUUUGCGAUUGAGAUAACUUUGAUCAGAAUCGUUUUAUCACAUUUUCCAGAAACCAUUUUUUUUUAAAAAAAAGUAAUCUCGAUUUACCAAAUACCAGAUCAUUUUUAUCCAGAUUACAAGUUUUGAAAAAACGGCCCCAGGUUCUCUUCCCAUCUCUAUUUACUGCCCAUGAUCUCAAUGUCAAAUAUCUUGGACGCUCGGCUACAAAGGGUUAAAGCGCUGGGAGUUCAGGAGCUCACUAGAUGGCGCUGUCUGGAAAGACACUGGCUGAUCUAGCCCAGGUCAGGGGUCGCAGCACUCGAACAUUCUUUCCAAAUGACCCAAGUGAUGUUCCCCAGAGCUGGGGCUCAACUCAGUUAGGCAAACGCUGCUGUGAGGUGCUCGGUGGGGUUAUUGCUGACAAAACGCAACGCACACCUGCAUGUGGAGCUGAGCCACGCCAUGAGGAGCUGUGCAGAAAAGACAAGGUGCCCCCAUCUCGGAGAACAGAGUUUGUAACAAACCUACAAUAACGUUGUAAAGCUUCUUUCAUAGUGCCAUUUGCAAUGAGAAUAAUGUACCCCCAUUUCCAGUGCCCCGUUGGGCGAGGAUAAUCAGUAAUCGGGGGGGAGGGGGGUCGUUUGGGGAAACCCUGGCCUCCAUUACAUGUCUUUCAACAGCAACUGGAACUGAAGAUCCUGAACGCGGAUGAAGAAACUGGAGUUCUCGAGCAGGGCUGUGCUCGUACUCUGAACCGCCUUUCAAGAAGUAUUUAUCGGCAGGUGUGCAGUAAAUCCGUUCAUUAAAGUGUGGAUUUCAAAACGCGAAACAAGGUCCUUCCUUCACCUUUACAAUCGAGUAGCGACGAACGGCAGUUCACUGCCGUAUUGUUUUACAAGCCGACUUUUUUUUUUUUUUUUGGAAGCAAGUUUUCCUCUCCUCCGGGGCACUGACAUUUUUCCUGUGGUAGCGAGGCUGUAGACUGGUUAAGAAAUAUUUCUAACUGGCGUUUCAGAACACAAGGAGUCUCUCCAGCCCUGCUGUUGCAGAACCGCUUAAAAUAAUUCAAAAACGCCACGAAAAGGGAACGAGAGAGCAAACUAAAAAAAAUAGUUUACUAUUGAAAGGAACUUUUAGCGCAGAGAAUAGGGUAGCAAUACUUUUUAUAGAUGAGGAACUGCUGGGUUUGGACUUUAACAUAGUUACACCAACGGCAUCUUUCACACUUCAAGUUACAGAACGAAAAAGACAUUCACUCGCCUCUCAUCAGUUUUGACUUCAUUUAAAUUAUUUGUAUGUACUGAUUUUGUGUGUGUGUUUCAAAGCACACCUUGUAUAAUAUUAUAUUAUUAUUAUUAUUAUUAUUAAUAUUGAAGAUGGCUGGUGCUUUUUUUGUUUUAGUAGUUGUCUAGACUGCAUGUAUUAAUACACUGUUUUUCGUAACAAAAUACAAACGGUUGAAAACA